AUGUCGCCCCAGGAGCUCGUCCUCUCCUCGCCCCAGUCAGCCAGCACUGCCGCCAUCCACCUCCACGACCUCCUCUCCUCCGCCCCCGUACACCAGUUCAAGUCCUCCACCUCCCCACAGCACAGCGUAGCCCAUGUGCAGUCCCAGAACGCCCAGGGAGGUGCCAUCUUUGCCGUGCAGCAUGACAAGGCUCUUCUUAAUGUGUGGGCAUGGCAAAAGGACCAAAUGCAUCUGAAAUUGCACUUGCCAGAAAAGAUGACUGCCUUCACUGUCUCUCCUAACGGUCACUGGGCUGCGGGUGGUUCCCCCAAUGGUCACAUCUAUCUCUGGGAGAUUGCCUCUGGCCUCCUACUCUCGUCCCAUACCGCUCACUACCGGGCCAUCACCUCCCUCACAUUCACCCCGGACUCCCGCCUUCUUCUGUCCACCUCUCUCGACUCCUCCUCGCAAGUCUACCUCGUUUCGCGCUUGGUGGAUCCAGAAGACCCGGCUUCUGCUGGGAAACCGUAUGGCACGCUCAAAGACCAUACACUGGCUGUGAGAUGUUUGGCAGUCGGCAAGGUUGCGGGGAGUGAAGGUGGGAGGGCGUGGACGGCUUCGGAUGAUGGAACAGUCAAGAUGUGGAGCCUUCGUCCUCCCUUCGACCUCCUCUGUACCUUCUCUCUACCCCCGACAUCAUCUCCCGCAGCCAUUGUGGUCGAUCCCUCCGAGCGCUUCCUCUACGUCGCAACAUCACAAGGAGACGUCUACCACAUUCCCUUGUUUAGAAACAAGGGCACGAUUGGAGGAAGCAUUGUGGAAGGUUCGGAAGAGUGGGAAGCUGUCGGUGGAAGUGGCAACUCGGGUGUGCCCAUAAAAGCAGAAGGGGCCGUCAUUUCCGUCAACGACGCACAGAUAACAUCUCUAUCACUCUCCCUCUCCUCUACUCACCUCCUUCUCGGCACCUCUUCUGGCACCAUCCAAAUACACUCCCUUCCCUCCCACCAACAUCUCCGUACCCUCUCGCCGCAUGCCGGUCCCGUCACAUACCUGACCACAAUCCUCCGGCCAUUCGAUUUGGUAGGGACAGUAGGGAUGAAGGGAGAAGAAAUGCCAAUCAUGGAAGUGAAGAGCUUUGAGAGGAUGAAGGGGAGAGCCGCGAAAGAGGCACAUGACCCUGUUCUCCUCGUACGACCGCCUUCCAGCGAGAUGGCCACGUUACUGGGCGGACUGAAACCUACCGAGGCGAGACAAAAGAUUGGUGGCAGGGCGGCUGAUGGGAAUAUGGAAGAGCAGAUGGAAGAGCUGGCAAAGGAGAAUCAGCGCCUCAGAGAGGCUGUUGACCGGGCUAGCAGGAUCAACGAAAAGAUGUGGACAGGCAUUCUGGAUUCCAAGCUGGGUAAUCAAGAGUAA